UGCGACUACUACCACAACCUAUACAGAGCUCAUCAUGUCUGGCCUCCCAAUAAGAUUCGUCAAUGUUGUCCCCAACGUCAAGAUUAAGCAAGAACUCCCAUCUGAUGAUGAAGACGAUGUCGCCUGCAAGAUAUGCAGCAAAGCAUUUGCGAGCGAGGUUGCUCUACGCAACCACGCUCGCAUGGAACAUAUAGAUGCCUUCGCUACGGGAGAUCCAGACACGUGGACACAGGAUAAGCAACCAAAUCAGGGCGCGUACACAAACAAACACACCGUGAAGCUUGAGCCGUCCGACAGGCUGAUGAAGAUAAAGACCGAGGAGCUGAUCUCUUCGAUGCAGCCUGCUGACCUCAUGACCCUCGCUAACGAGGAUGUCAGCUACAUCAUUAUUAAGGCGGACAGCAUACCGAAGGAAAGAAAAAGAAAAGCUGAAAAGAUAGAGACAGAUAGAGCAGAAAAGGUGGCACCAAAACGCGAUAGAGAAGUAAAGGAACCGCAGCCAAUCACAGGCCCCUUCGAGUGCCUGCAGCCGUCAACUCUGGUGGCAGACGGCACAUGCCACCAGAUCUUCUUCUCCUGUUGCGAUUACAGCGUGCACUUCAGGGACGAGCACACGAGGAGGCGGAAGGGGUUGCGGUGCCAGGUCUGCGAGAAACCCCUGCUUGGCAAUGGAGAAGAACCCACAUCGCCAUAUUCCUGUGAGGUGUGCGGUAUGGGUUUUCAAACAAACAAGGAGCUGUCAGCCCACAUGGCCACCGACCACAUCAAGUUGAAGCCUUUUGAAUGCAGUGUCUGUCACAAGCGGUUCACACAGCAGGGCGGCGUCCAGCAACACAUGCGCAUGCACACAGGAGACCGCCCAUUCUCCUGCACUUUCUGCCCCAAGGCGUUCACACAAAAAUCCGGCCUGGAUCAACACCUCAGAAUACACACCAAAGUGAAGCCUUACAGAUGCGUCGUCUGCUCAAAAACCUUCUGCCAGUCUGUUCAUUUGAAACAACACAUGAGAACACACACUAACGUGUCGCCGUUUCAAUGUGGGAUAUGUCAGAAAAGAUUCAAACAAAGCUCGCACUUGAACUACCAUCUCAAAAACCACAACCCUCAAAACAUGUCCGAAGAACAAAAGAUUGAAUACAACAAGUUAAUCAACAUCAUGAAUGAAGAUAAAGCUAACUCUAUUGAUGACGAUCAGAGGAUUGAAGUGGAAGUGGAGGAGACCAUUGAGGAGACCGAGGUCAUGAUAGAACAAGAAGAAAUAGAACAGGAACAAAUCGACCAAGAACAAAUGAUGGCGGAGCAAAGUAUACAAGUAGAAGAAGGCGAAGAAACAUACAUACUAAGUGACAAUGGGAAUGAAGUUUGGAGUGUGCACAUCGCGGAACAAUAGUACAUUGUUGUACAUAGGCCUUCGUAAUGAUCAGUUAUAGUCCACCACUGACCAUAGGUUUCUAUACGACUGGAGCAUGAGGAAUGACGAAAUAAAGAAAUGCAUAUAGUGAUUAUAACGAACUUUGGACUUUAGUGCACUCUUGAACAUAGACUUUCUCAGUUAUCAGUAGUGCUACAGCCGCCUGCUGCACAUAGAGCUUUAGUGACAUAAGCGAAGCAAGGGGAAUAAAAAACACAUAAGAAACAUUUAUAACAAACUUUGAGUGUAGUACACUGUUGUACAUAGACAUUCUCCUUGAUCAGCAGUGCUACAGUCGACUGCUGUACAUGGAGCUUUUGUGUCUUAAGUGAAACUUGGUAAUACACAAACUUCAGAUUAUGUCUGUAACUGAACGGUCGUACACUAUUGUACGCAGACCUCAGUUUCUAGCUGUCGACUACUGUACAUAGCUUUUAUAUAAGUAGGUUAAGAGGAAUAAAUUAAUGAACUUCGGUUUGAGCUCCUGGCUGAGCAGCAGUGCACUGAUGUGCAUAGGUUCAGCAUUACUAUUUGCGUAUCCGAUUACGAAAGCUUUAAGGGUCUCAACCUGCCUUGGAGAACCCAUGCGCAACAGCGUAUCGUACUUAGGACGUAAGUAAUGUAAGAAUUAUUUCCUUGAAAUAUUUUUUUCCAAUUUCUUGUAAUGACAAUAGCCACAAAUAACUCGAAUUUGUUUGCGUUCCACUGCUGCUCACGGGUUUUUAAAUAGUUUUUUUUAAGUUCUUAUUGAUUGGCUGCAUUUACACCUUAAAAUAUUGCGAAAAAAAGCAGUAGUAACUUGGUACAUACGUUCAACUGUUGCUCACAGAUCUUUUCCAGAUUAUUACGUCUACAAGACGUCUACAAAUAGAUGUAGACAUCUAGACGUUAGUGAAUGCGAUUCCACGUCGACAUAUAGUUUUUUUUUGUAUUGAUUUUAUAAUUUAUUUACUUAAAACACAAUACUUUCUUAGAUUUCUCACAGAUGACGCUACGCCAAAAAGUUGUU